AUGGUCGCCGGAGUGGGCCGCUCCGUGCCUCACCGCGGUCCGCACACGGCCGACGCUUCCCGCGCUCCCCCAACUCCACUCGCGGGCGCACCCGCGCCCCGCCUUGCCGCCAGACCACGUCCACCCCGCGGCUGCUUGCCUGCCUAUCGCCCCGCUCCGCUGCUCUACUUCUCUGCCGCCCGCGCCAUCGCCCCGCCUCGCCUCGCGCCACAGCCGCUCAUCGCCCGCUCGACCGUGGCCUACUUCCCCUCCGCCGGGCCCGCCUCCGUUGACGCCUGCAGGCCCGCGUGCCCACGCGCCGCUGCCAGCCUCCGCCUGCCCCUGCUCUCUCGCCGGCCAUGCUGGGCAUGCCCGCCGGCGCCUCCGCACGCGCGCGUGCAGCCGCGGCUGGCCAGGGCCAGCGCCCAGUCGGGCCGGCACCCGCACCCGUUAAGCCGCCCGCCCCAUUGGCGCUGGGCCACUUACAGGUGGGCUAGCCCUGUUAAAAAAGAUAUAAAAAAGAAUUAA